AUGAAAGAUUAUGCUAAAGUGCUAAAGAUGGGGGAAGAUUACUCAGUAUUUGACUGGAAAAGUCAGGUGCACAAAGUACUAAAAACUCCUGGGUACUGGCAUUUCAGAUUCCAACCGUCCAAAAGACUGAUACUUUCAAAAAACAAAAAUGGUUGCGUUCUUGUUAGAGGUGAACCAUUUUAUAAAAGCGACAUUUGUGAGCCUAAGAGCAUUUGCAAAAAAGGGAAGAAAAUUACACAAAUCCAGUUGCUAACAGUGUGUGUAGGUAGAAGUCUGAAACCAGAUAAAAUAAAAAGCAUAUCAGCUCUGCUAGCACAGCAUUAUUGGGUGGAUUGGGUAACUGAUGGAAGGCUUCAUUUCUUCAAAAACGCUUUUGAAUUGGAAAAUGUUAGUCAGGCGGAACUAGAGAUCCUGAAGAAGAGAUGGUGA